CAGGUAGGGUGAGAUUCUCUUGUUUCCACAGGUGAGAGAGAGUGAGAACAGGAACAGCUGCUGAGAGAGAGAAAAGAAAAACCCACUCCUGCUGCGAGGAGCAGCAGGUGGAUUGAACAACAUUCUCGAUUUACAGACAAACAGCGAUUUUUCCAUCUGAAGAACACGUUUGUUUUUUAUUGAGUUGAUGCAAAGGUUGGGAAAACAGGAUCUGCUGAUAUCCGAUGUGUUUUUCCGAGUCAUAAAGUGGAGCAGUAGAUGAGAAGAAGCUACAAGGAGGUCUGACCGGGGUCACCGGGUCAGACAGAAUGCAGGCAUCGAACCCAAAUCCCCAACAGCAGCUUUGCAGCAUCAGCAGCAAAGCGUUUCUGGAUUGAAUUUCAUUUUGGGCUCGCAAAGUUGGUCUUGGGUCAAAAGGUCAAACUUGGUCCCACGCACCUCCACCAUGUACAACCCAGGACCUGAACACGACGACUCCUUCGACUUUCUCUUCAAGAUCAUCCUCAUUGGAGACUCGAACGUGGGGAAAACGUGUGUGGUUCAGAAUUUCAAAUCAGGGGUUUUCACUGAGAGACAGCAGAACACCAUCGGGGUGGACUUCACCGUCCGGACGCUGGAUAUCGAAGGCAAGAAAGUUAAGAUGCAGGUGUGGGACACCGCAGGCCAGGAGAGGUUUCGUACAAUCACCCAGAGUUACUACCGUAGCGCUCAUGGAGCGAUGAUUGCCUAUGAUAUCACAAGACGACCCACUUUUGACUCAGUGACCCAAUGGAUCCAGGAGGUGGAGCUCUACGGAGCCGCCAACGUGGUGCUGGUCCUUAUCGGUAACAAAUGUGAUUUGGAGAAGCAACGUCAGGUUCACUUUCAAGAGGCCUGUACUCUAGCAACGGAAAAAGGCAUUCUGGCAGCUUUAGAAACAUCCGCUAAGGAGAGUCAAAAUGUGGAAGAAGCCUUCGUGAUGAUGGCCCGGGAACUGUUAGCACGUAAUGGACAUCACUUCCAAAAGGGGGAGCCAGAGACCACAAACACAUCCCGCGUUACGCUACGGUCUGACUCUCGCCCAGUUAAUGGUGGCACAGCCGCCUACACUGCCCCAGAAAAAAAGUCCUGUUGUUGACGUAAUGUUCAUACAAGGGCAGCAACAGAAGAGAGACAACGGAGAAUGACAUGCAAAAAUAAGAGGACAUUUAGACUUUUGACAAGAUGAUCUAAUUCAAGGCUACAAAAUUUAAACACUUUUUUGGAACCCUUAGUCAGAACAGCGACACCCCCCUUGGCGGGACACCACAGAGGUGAAAUAGUUAGUAGUAGCAUAGGUUGUAUUCCAGGGGUAGCAGUUCCCUAGAGCCAGCCUGGACUCUGGGCGAAAAAUAAUAGAUCUGUGGAGAUGCUGGAGCCACUUUACCAGGAUGGGGGGAUGGGCGAAUGGAUAGCUUUCAUGACAAUAUAAGCUAGCAAAGUGAGAUCCUGAUUGAAAUAUGUUCCUACUAGCUUGGCUAGGGGGAAAUUCUUCUUUGGCUGCCCUGGUAGUGCAUUGGCCUAGAGAGCUAGAGGUCUGGUGUUCAAAUAUCACUGGAACGACAAAGAUCUGUCACUCUGUUACAGUAACCUUACGGUCACAUUAGCUACAAGCAACAGAGGGAAAGGGCGACAAGCAGUUGGCAUUUAUUGCUUAAUGGGUGUUCCUGAGGUGUGGCUAGCUAGUUACUUGGCAUUAAUGUGCACAAUGUUCAAUGAUAGGUUAUAAAGUGCGUCGUUUCUUUUGUUUUGUUUUGUUUUUCAAAAUGAAUUCAUUCAUUUAAAGGGUAGGAAAACAUGACACUGUCACAAUGAAUUUUUAUUUCUCACUGGAGGGCUUAAUGGAACCAAACGUCACUCGAUUUGUUUCAGUCCAACACCUUUCACAGCAAUGUUCCUGUUUUGCUAGCUAGCAUGCUAACAUCUCUGUAUGAGAGGUGUUAUCUGGUUACGAAAACAGCAGUUUCAGAUUUCAGAUAGAAGUCUUCUUGCUAACUUUUAUAUUUCUAAAUUCUAUAAGAAGAAAUGCCAAACAUAUUAGAUUAAGACAGAAAUACAGCUAUUUCAGAGUGCCUUCCGCCAUCUUAGUUUAUUUUGUUCGAGCGAGCAGCCAGCUGAUGUCACUCUGCCUUUGUACUUGGAUUAGCAGUUGAUAUGUUGCAUCACUCAGCAUUUUUAUAAAGUAGAUUUUUUGUCUAUUUUGGUCGGGCCUAGCUGGUGGCAUAGCGGCUGUUGUCUCUUGUCGCUGAAAAUACCCAUUCUGAUUGAAAAUGAAUGGCAAGUUGUUACUUUAUCUCUGUUGCUUUCUGUCGCUUGCAGCUAAUGUGACCAUCGGGUAAUGUUUGAUCAUUUUCAAACUCAGUUUUUUGGACAAGAUACCUGUGUCUCCUUGCACUAGUAACACCUACCCCAGUUGGUUAGAUAAACAAACGUGCUCAAGCUAAUCAGAUGUGGGAAACGUAGGGAGAAAUGGAAAACAUGCAGGGCCCCAGAACAUCACCACUGUGCUGAAAGUUUUGUUUUUUAAGGGUUAAGGUCAAAGCAAAGUGUUUGUUGACUAUCCAUAAAACCUACAUUGCAGUAACACACGCAUAUUCAUGGGCAGAGCAAGAUGACUGCAUAGUAUGACUAUCUAACAUUGGUACUAGGUGGUAGGACAAGAACGUGCUUGGGACUGAUGUUUUGGAAUCUGUGGGCAGACAGGUGGCAGCACAGUUACUGGGCUUCCUAGGUGCUAGCAAUGUUAGUGCUGGCUAGCACUGUAUGUAAAAAAAAAAUACAUUUAAGCAUGGCAUACCACUAAGAUAUGGUUAUAAAUAUGAAAAUUAUGAAAUUGACAAAUGGCCAGCUUUCCCAGAAAAUAUGACUACCUACCAUUUGGCAGUAGAUAGCUACUCCACCUGCGAUAACAUGAAAGAUUGAGAUCAACAUUUCUGUGACUAUUCAAUACUCCAAAGACCCAUUGGUCUGAAGGAACAUCAGGCUGGAUGUGGAGAUGGCAUAAUGUCCGACGGAGAAGAAGCAUGCAAGCAGAUGCCUGGAGCUUUACCGCUUCUCCAAAGCCAGGCCAGAAGCCAACCGAGGACGUGCCAUGGAGAAACUUUCAAAUCCAAAAGAAGAUGAGAGAAUGGAAAGGUGUUGCUGCUGUUUUGAAUAGAUUUUUGAGCCUUUGAAAUAUUGAACAGCCGCCGCUACAUGCUGUUAGCCUGAUAGCCAACUAGCUGACCAGCCUUCUUUAGGGAACUUUGGACCAAUGGACCUUCGGAAUAAUGAUCAACAGUUGGUUAUUCACUUAUUACCCGAUGCCCAGCUUUCGCCAAAGGUUCUGAAAAAGCAUAGAGAUUCUACAUCUUGAACAGAGGAAGCGUGAGAGAAUUUUGGAAGGUAUUUUAAAAUCUAACCAGUAUAAUUUUCUGUGGCUCCACUUGAUGCUACCCUACCUGAAAUGACAAAAGUUGUCACGUUUUGAUUUUAGGUACUUGUAGCCAAAGCCGGCGGUAUCCUCAGUGUCAUUAUGUUUCUACAUGAUCAAAAUGGUAUUUUUAGAUUUCACUAUAUUGAUAUAAGCUUGGAAAUCCUGUUAUUAUUGCGGUACAUCAGACUUGGAGGGAUUCACGCUUGUGACUCAUCUGGGAUGAGUUUUGACCUUUUGACGUUGUGAUCUGUAUGAAAUGAGAUGUGUCGCAACAAGAGACUGAAAUUACGGUAUUUUUUUCGUUUGACUUUUUGUUCCUACAGCGACAUACAUAUGGAUGGGAUCCGUACUGAUGUGUAUGCCAAUGGAUUAUUAAUGUUCCAAACAGUUCAUGAAAUAUAGUGAAAAAGAACAAAGUUUCCACUUUUCUCACCACUAGAGGGCAGUGUGCUGUAGCACACACACUGUAAGUGAAGUUUGAAUCUUCUGGAAUCCCAUUAAUGUACAAAACUGCUCUAAAACAAUAUAAUAUCAUUAUAUCAAUAUAAUGGAAUGAAAUAAUUUAAUAUUGUAAGCCUUAUGCCACACACCAGGACGGACGGAUGCUGAGUUCAUGCUAUAAUUGGUGUUUUCUGAUCACUUUAAUGUGCAUUAACAUUGAUUUGUUUUGCCUCAGACAGUCCAAUGGAGUGUGGUUCUUGAACAAGAAUUAAAAAGGUGCAAUAAAUGAUGACACGAUGAGAACAAAA